GCGGAAGCGAGGCAGUUUGAAGCGCUGACAGGCCGGGGCGUGCUCUCGCGUGCCAUGGCGGCGCUUGGCGCCUACCGCUGCAUCGAGUGCAACAGGGAGGCAGCGGAGCUGUACAGGGACUACCAGCGCGGCGUGCUCCGUAUCUCUAUCUGCAAAUCCUGCCAGAAACCUGUGGACAAAUACAUUGAGUAUGAUCCUGUUAUCAUCUUGAUUAAUGCUGUUUUAUGUAAAGCACAAGCAUACAGGCACAUUCUUUUCAAUACAAAGAUAAAUAUUCAUGGGAAGCUUGGCAUAUUUUGUUUGCUUUGUGAGGCUUAUCUCAGGUGGUUGCAACUACAGGAUUCAAGCCAAAAUACAGAUCCUGAUGACUUAAUCAGAUAUGCCAAGGAAUGGGAUUUUUAUAGAAUGUUUGGUAUAGCUUCUUUAGAACAAACUUCAUUUUUGCUUGGCAUUUUUCUUACCUUAUGGUGGAUGAGACCUGAGAUGCUGAAAACAAAGUCUGACUUCAUUUUACUUCUCAAAGCACUGCUGUUGUCCAGCUAUGGAAAGCUUUUGCUAAUUCCAGCUGUUAUUUGGGAACAUGACUACACACCUUUGUGCCUUGCGUUUAUAAAAGUGUUUGUCUUGAUAUCAAACUCUCAGGCAAUUAGAGUUACAUUGAACUUGAACCGAAUGCUCCCUUGGUUGGCCAUCAUCUUUGGAUUAAUUUUGGAAAAUGGUGUUGUCUGCUUGUUCCAGAAAAUGGGAUGGGAUGUUUGAAACAUCAGCCCAUAUCUGAAGAAAUACCAACAAUAUGAUGAUCAUUUUCUAAGAAUGAUCUCUGCCAGCAGGCUCCAAAGACACUAUUUUCACAGUGAUAAAGAAGGUGAUAGAUAACAAUAACUUGCAUUAGUGGUGAGUGUAGGCAGUUUUAGGAUGAGUUAAAAUGAGAAGCUUCAGAAGUUUGGCUAUUUAAUGCGGUGAGCCAUAAAAUCUCUGCCUCAGCUUGUUUGUUUUCCCAUAAAAAUAUGAUUAUGUUACUAUCCUAAUAGCUCUGUAAAUCUGGCUGCAUGGCUAUGGCUGUAACAAAAAAGGUACACUAAAAAAAGUUCACCACUGCUACCAAUCAGUGCAUUUUGACAGAAAGAGGAGGAUGUAUUGUUCCCUUCAGAGGAAAGAAGAGAGUCAGCAGAAAAAUGUAAAAGCCCAAACUGAUAUUUCUGCAAAAGCAGAUUUUCAAAGAGAGAAGUGAACAUGUGCAAACAGAUUAUUAGAGAAAAGGCAAGUAUUGCAGAGUAAACCUACAGUGGGAAAACUAAGUUGCAUUCUCUGGAAUUAUUAUGUAACAAUCUAAAAUAAUAAAAUAUCUAGUUAUAGAGUAAUCUCUAGGAACUAUAGUUUUAACUGGCUUGAAAUUUUAUGUGAUCUCAUAAACACUGCUGCUUUGUUUUGAACGCUGAAAAGAGAGUGAAAGGACACUGAUCCCCAGCAUACAAGGUUGGUUGGGAUACUGCUGCUUCUGCAUUUAAUAUUAAGCCACAUCCCCUGCACCCAGCCCUCAUCCGGCAGCAGGAUUAGCAGAAGCAAAAAGUAAAGGAUAAGUCUGCUCAGCAAUAGAGUAGUACUUGUUCAAAAAAGACAUAAACCAAAAAACACCCCUCCCUCCCCUCCAAACCCAAACAUGUUUAGGCAUAAAUUAGUGAAGAAACAUUUAGAGAAGUUCUGGACCUUUUUCCCCAGCAGGCAAAGAGAGGGGUAGAUGGCCCACAAAGGACCUGGCAGAAUUGGUUUCCACAAGACAGUAAUUAGGACACAAACCUACUUCUUUUGUGCAGACCAGUUUCCAUGACAUUCCAUCCAAUGUUUAAUUCUCCUGCCUCAGUUCUGGAAGUCUGUACUAUCUACAGGUGCUACUUCCAUUCUUCAUUUUCCUCAGAUGCAGGCUCCCAUCUGUGUUUUUCAAAAUGGCAUCAAAUAACAUUUUUCAACAUCUUCAAGUUAAUUCCAAACAGGUUGAGAGUCUAGAUUAUGACCACAGAAGACAUCAGACAUGUUUGUCUGAUGCAGCUGCCCAUGCCAGGGUAAGUUAUUCGGUCAGAAAAAUAAAUGAUUGCUGAUUCUGUUUUAAUAGGUCAGAGGCAGACACCACUCAUGCCAUUUGUGUUACAUUUGACAUCUUACUGAAUGUGUAACGGUGUGGCUGGAGAAGACAAAAAAAAACCCCAAAUUGCAACCUUGUUUAAGUACAUGAGACAGUUUAACACUGCAACUGCCCCAGCAAGCACAUAGUUGUGAAGGUGUAAGAGGGAUCCACUUCCUACUGGUGUGAAUUAGUGGCCAGACAAUUGAGUGUAGGUGUGCAGUUGCUCACUGGCUGAGCAGCAGCUUUACUAACACGGUACCUAGAACAUGAUUUGCUUUACAUAAUUAGAUUUGGGGAGAUACUCCACCCCCAAAAAGCUUUUUUAAAAACAGUAUGUUGCCCAACGUGCUUUGAGUAGUGCUCAUCUUUCUCCCACACCAGCAUGCAGCGUUGCAACAGAGGCUGCAGGUUGAGAAGGUGCAAAGGGAAAAAGCAGUAGAUCUUUUUGAAAAGCUUCAGGGAUGCUGGUGUGGCCUGCUUUCAUUUUCCUCCUUCACCUCCUGCCUUAAGUUUAAGAGGGAAUGAAGUUGUGCUGCUUCAGAGAGGAUGACAGAAGAAUACGCACUAGGAAAAUGCUGGUGCCUGCUGAGCCAAACCCUGUUUGUUAUUAUAGCUGUCAUUUGGCUUUUACUCAGCUCUCUGUUCAUCUUACUACAACCUUAGCAUUGUCACUGAUAAAGUUUCUCACCACUCUCCAUGUCCCUCCCUCUUCAGGAAAUGUACAUUCUUUCUACUGCCAAUUUUGUUUUUCUAAUGAUGUAACAACAGUGCUUUGGUUUGUGCCUCUUAAGUUAGAUUUUUUUUUAAUUAUUAUUAAUCUUAUGUGUCAUGGUUAUACACAAAAGAUUAAUUUUUUUUCAGAACUUUUUCCCUUGUCUGCUCUGGCACUGUUUUCAGUCUAAAGGCUGAUUGGAGCAUAUUUAACUGUGACUAAUGCAAGGGAAAGAUUUUUCAUUACAUGUACUGUAAAUAUUAUGUAGUCAGCAACAAAAUUGUAAAUACAAUGUAUAUAAGUUUUGUUUGGGAACAGGUUUUUUUAAUUAAAAAAUAAUAUAUAUUUCAAGACAGUUUCUGAGUUUUAUUCAGAAGACCUAGAAUGGACAUGAACACAUUCCAAAAGAAGAAACACUUAUCUGUUGUGCCAUAUAUGCCAAUAACAUAUCAGUUACGCACUCUGUAAUGCUAUCAGGAGCCACUACUGUCCUUAUGCAACUUUGAGGAUGGAGAAAAAAUUAAGAGCUACAGAGCUGUGGAACGAAAGCAGGUGGUGUACACGUUUUCAGUCUUCAGAGGCAUCAUUACUGUCUAGUAAUGUAGGACAUUCUGCCUUGUGUGAUUUUAUGGCUACUCCUUUUCCAGAACUAACAUGACAAAUACCCUACUAUUUCAUAGGGGGAACUUGAGGGUGCCCUGUGUGUGUGUGGGCAGGUGUGUACGUAUUUUUGAUGCCUUUGGAAAAGGAUUCCAUAUGGUGCUUCAGAGAGAACCUAGCCUAUUUUAAGUUCCUGCCUCUUUAAAACAGUCAUCUCUUGCUCAUUUUUAUUCUUUUUUGUCUUUUGAGCUCUUCUGUUUUGAUAAACUCUUUGUAAUGAAAUAGUCAUCUGUGCUGGAAGAUGUAUGACAAAUAGCCUGCCCUUUCUAUAUAUCUUCAGUUUCUUCAUUAAUUUAUGGAAAAGGAUUUACUUGGGUCAAAAAUGUAACGGCCUGCAAAUGAACCCACGUAAACUCUUGGAGUUUUGCUUGGAAUUAAAAGGGAUAUCAUGGCCUAUGGGAAAUUCACGGGCCUAUUGAGCAAAUUCCAGAAUUCUGUUGGAUGAAAUGCACAGAAGAAAGUUAUUCAGAAGAAACAGAUGUUAUUCUGACUUGGGUUGAGCAACUGUUUAGUGAUUGCGCAGUGGGAGCUGGGAACUUUAACUGGGUCCGUAGGUCAGCUAAGAAGUGAGUGUUUAGACAUUACUCUAUACAAAAACGGAGAAUUAGAUUAUAAGCUAGGAAGGGUUAAAAGAAUGUAUGUGUCAGGCAGACUUAUACAAAAUUAAGAAGACUAUAAAAACUAAGGGGAUCGAAUCUCAAGAAAAAUUGGUAUGUAAGAAAAAAGAUGCAGCAUAGAUGAGUAUGAGUGUAUGAUUAAGCAAAUAUAUGAACAUCCUACUCCUAAAUUUUCAAAGGAUGAACAUGAAGAAAGAAUAUUAUUUAUUGUAUACACUUUUGUAAUAAUCUAAGAGAUAACAUGAAAUGGCAAAGGAUGGCUUCCAAACAGUAAAGUGUAUGGGUUUCCCUAGAAAAGUUACCAAUAACCUCAUUAUUUCAGUGGUUUGCACUCCGUCCUUGAAAAUACACUUUUAUAAGUAGAGUUACCAAUUGUACAGAGAUAGAAUUAAUUGCUGUGAGUAGGAAGAGCUGUACAACAGUAAAGCUUCUCCCUUUAUUCUGCAAUAGUGUGUGUUGCAUUAGGUUUUGCUGGUGGAGGCAAGGGCUGCUACCCUUGUGACCUCGUACAAGUACAGACAAGCGAGUCCUUUCUUCCACAACAAGUCGAAUCUCAGGCAUAUAAACUGCCAUUUGUUAGCCCAGUCUACACUGAACUGAAAGUAAAAUAGAACAUCUGCACUGAAAAACUAUUUGCAGCUGAUUUCUCAUAAAACAAGAAAGCCAUUGUUUUUCAGGAGCUCGCAUGCUUUUGCAAUCCAUCAGCUCUCCCCCAACUGGGUAGUGUUAAGCACCACAGUGCCAUCUGGAGUUAAAAAGCAAAGCACUAUUGUUUCCAAAACUGGAAGGAACAUAGAAGUAUGUGUUCUUUGAUUAAUUUUUGUAUUGUAAAAUCACGAAUUCAAGCUUUUAAAAUUAACAUUCAUUUCCAGUUUGGAGGAAUGUUAGAGUGAAGUUAGUGGUGAAAAACAGGUCAGAAAAUGCUUGUUUUGGUGACUUGGUAUCAAGGUCAAAUCAAGAUAUGCACCAUGAAAGCUAUAAAAUGCAAAUUAUUUUAGCACAGCAUCUCUUUGUUUAAGACGUAAACAGUCCUGCAAGCUGGGAUUAUUCUGAGUAGCCUCACUGAGCUCAGAGAAAAUCCAUGUGGUAAAAGACAUAGUGAAUGCAUUCUUCCACUGCUAAAAAUCAAUAGGGAUUUUGUUGCUGAAUUAAUUUGAAACCCAGGUUACUGCAGUUAGAAUUUGUAGGAAAGUGCAUAUAAAGAGAUGCCUGUUUUCUCUCCUGCCUCUUAUAACGCUGUUCUGACCUUCUUAGUCUUUCCGGUAAUGCUUACUAUAUUACUGAGGUGGCUAGAAAGAAGAUCUGAACAUGAGGAGCUUUGUAAAAUCUUUUUUCUAAGCAUGAGCUGCUGUCCUAAAUUUGUAAAGCUCUUCUUUGAGCCUUGUAUAAAUAAAUGGCAGGUCCACAAAGCAGCUAGGAAAUACUGCCAAUGAUACGAUGUUUUAACUGUUACUCAUUUAAGAUAAUAGAUAUUGUUUGGGGUUGGUUUGUCUUGGGUAAAAAUGUGGUUCAAAUUCCUCUACAUAGUAGCGUAAGUGUGUGAACUCAUACAAUUUGUACGUGUACUGGCUGCUGCAGAAAUAAAUCCAGAUGACCCUCAUAUUUGUUUUAUAAUCUCUAACUGUAAUUCUGAGUACAUUUUUAGGCAAAAGAACUGAUGGCCAUAAGCCGCACAGAAGUGCCUGCCAUUGUUAUCUGAGCAGAGGGGUGGGGACCUGAAUGCUAAUCCUAGCUAUAGCACCGACUACCACCGUGACCUUGAGCAAGUCAUAUACGUGGCUCCAUAAAAUGAUUGUACCUCCACCAUCACAGGGUUUGAGGGAGGAUUAAUUUGUUCAUGUCUGUUUAAAAAGAUGAAAAGCAUUAAGUCCUCUCAGCUGCAGGUUGUUGGGAGUCAGUCAACACCAUGAUGUCAGACACUGAAACAGACAUGCCAGGAGCCAGAGAAUGUGAAUAUUGAAGGUGACGCGUUUAAAGAAGUCGUCUCUGUUAUGUUAAGGGAAACUUUAAUUCUGACCCUUGCUGGCAUACAGUUCUGUAAUUUACAUAUCUGAAAACUUUCAGGGGUAUAUAUAGCAAAUCAUGAAUCCCUUAUUGUGAAUUUUAAGUUACCGCAGCUGCUAUGUGCCAAAAUAAAUCUGAAAUUAGAUUAAAAAAAAUGUGGAAGGGAGGGAGCUGGCACAUUAGCUGAUCUUACUUUCAGCUAUCUGAAAGGAAAACUAAGGUAUCUUAUUUGACAGUUGGAGGCUUUGAGGUAGAAAGCUCAGGUAGGUCUUGCGUAAAAAUUUCUGGUAUCUUUUCAGUAAAUGAAUCCAGUAACAUUGCACAAAUUUAAACAAGAAAACAAAAUCUCAAGAACACAGAAGCUCUUCUACUCACCUUGCAUUCUCUUCUCAGAACUGCUAAUUCACUCUGUAAGCAUCUGUGGGUGUUACCUUUAUAGUGAUUCCCUGCCAUGCAUGCUAUAGCCCAUCUGAUGCCGUCACACAUGCAUCACUCCUAAACUUUGAUCCCUUCUUUGGUCUCUCACUUCACUGCCAGCAUAAAGCUUUGGUUCUAACCUUCAAAGCCACUGAUGUAUCAUGUCUUGGCUACAGCAGAGAUAGCGUCUCUGUCUCAGUAGGACUACAGCGUUCUUUUGAUCACCAGAAAUCAAAAGCCAACAGAAGUGCCAUAAUAACUAGGAAGAAAACAUUCUCCAUCGAGAGCAUCCACUGCAUAGUAAAGUGCCACAUACCAGCACCAGGAGAAAUGGCUUGAACUUUGCAGGAUAGGGAGCAAAAGUGAAUGUAUCACUUUGAGCAUACUGCUUAUCAUCUUUUUUUCUCAACAACAGGAAUCUGUUUCCCUAUGAGGACAUUUUUCCUACUUAGUAGUGUGGAAAUGGCAGGUGGGUUGCACAGCAGGGAAAACACAAUCCAUCUCUUACUCAUUCCAUCCUGGGAGAGAACAAAAUGAAAAUAAGACAGUGCUGAUUAGUGAAGAUUAUUUUCAGCAAAGUUGGACAGAUUAUUCAAAACCUUUCCGUUGGAAAAGCAAAUUAACUUUGCUACACAAUGGUAGGCAUACAUUUCUUUACAUAACCACAUGACAAGACUUAGUUUGUAUUAAAACUUGCAGCUUUUCAAACUUUAUUUUAGACUUCUUUCAUUUUAAGUGGAUUUUUCCCAAAAAACUUUCCUGCUCAAUUGA